AUGGUAGUAUCAGCCACUAUGAAGGAUUCAAAAACUAUUUUGACAGAAAUUGAUACUUAACAUACUGGAAGAAUAUUUUUAAAUGCAAUUUAAAUAGGUUUAACAACAGGAUCACCAGUUCAUGAAAUUUAAAGUUAUAUUAAUAAUAUUAGGUAUUAUGAUAUGCUUUGUUUAUUUAGAUUUAUGAUUGAAUAAGAAUAAAAAGAUGCUGAUCUAUUUAUAUAAAAUACAGAAGCUUCAUGUAGUAGAUUAUUACAUGAUUUUGCUACUAAUUUAGCUUAUCAUUAAUAGUAAUUUAAAGCUCAUUCUAAAAUAGUUGAAGUAAGAAGUUUAAUUUAUAAAUAAGGAAAACUCAAGGAAUUUAGAACGUUCUUUAAAUAAAAUUGCAGAAGUAUCUGUGGAAAUUGAAGAAAACUUAAGAAAAACAAAUGAAGGGUAGAGUGAAAGAGAUCUUUAAUAUUCAGAAUUUUAAUCAAAACAAAAAGAUCACAUAGAAUCAAUUUCUUCUAUUGAUGAAGCUUAUGCAUUAAUUGAACAUUUAUCAGGUGGAUCUUCAUUUAUAUAAGUUAAAAAUAGAUUUACUAAAGUACUCUAUAGAUUAUAAAAGUAAUUUAGUAAUUUAAAAUUGUAGUUAAUCUACAUCAACUGGAUUAUUGUUUUAACCAAUCAUAUCAAUGAUGACUUAAAUGAAUUCAAGAGCUGAUGUAGAUCAAGCAAAGAAAGUAUUACAAUUAUUAGCCAACUUAAGAGUUCAAAUUGUAGAGAGUAAAUCUUAAGAUGAAGACAUUGAGAAAUAAUAAUCUUAAGGUUCUAAUUAAUGAGAGAAACACUCUAAAGGAUUAGAGAUAGAAUUUAGAAUAAGCAAUUUUAAAUUAUUAGAGUAUAAUAGAAGAAUCUGAAGGGAAGGUUGAAUAUCAUUAGGGUGAAGUAGAGAGAAAUUAAGUAAAUUAAAUUUAUUUAUAUAUUUAGAAUAAUUUGGAUGGUCAAGAUUAAUGGUGUAGAUAAUAAUAGGAAAUAUAUUAAAUGGAAUCACAAUAAAGAAUUUAAUCACUUGAUUUGAUUUCAAGAAUAGUUGAUCAUAUUUAAGAUAAGAUUGUUACUCUUAAGGAAUAUUUAAGAGAAAGAUUAUAAAUACACUGA